UUCUACACUUCCCCUGGGAGGCACAGGACUACUUCACUUUUGAUCUUUCCUUCAUCCACCUUCACCCUUGCUGUAGAGACUGCCUAACGCUACUUGUAACGCCUCUACCCGAUCCAUCCUUUUUCUCGAAAGCUUUCUAUUACGUCUGGAACGGGCUAGAGGCAUAAGGAUGCACAAUGGGUUGCUGUCUUUCAAGAUCACCGAGCGAUCCGGAGGAAGCUAUUAGGAUAUCUCCCAUUCCCGGUGAUCAAACCUCCGUGGUGCAGGGGCAACAGCAACAGCCAUCUCAUAUCGAGCAUGCACUGCCUCUACAGGAUAGGUUUAACCUCCCUCUUCACCGCCAUGUAUGGGUCUCCAAGAUACCCUUAACUGCGGGGCAGCUGCGGCUGAGGAGGGCGGAGUACUUUGAUACGCGUGUCACGGGGCGAAUGGAGAUCUGGAGCGCGAUUAGGAUGGCUGUGGACGUUCUCGAUGAGGACCUGGAAACGGCCCAGCAGAUACUUAACGCUGCUGGGGUCUCUAUCCCUACCGGUAACAAUUCCCCCCUCUCCCUUUUUACUGCAGGCAAACCUUCGUAUUCUUUCCAUCCUCACACCUUCUCCGGCGUGGAGGGAAGAGUUACGACAACUGGAGCUGUUUCUAGCAUAUGCCUGAAAUGGACAUGAUUGCUUACCGUUGUCUCUAGGCGACCUGAGAAAUGGAGUCUUUGACGAGCUCGGGAACCGCUAUGACCUUCCAGAGUACUGCGUCUCCACCCCCAUGAAUCUACUACAGACUCCUGAUGGCGGGGACGAUGCCGAAGAGAAGGGGGCCGAAACCGACGACGAAGAGGCAGAGAUUAGGAGAGAAGAAAAGGGAAAAAUGCCGAUCCAUCUUCGGGAAAAUAUCUAUUCCGUCACUGCCAGACUUUCUGACAGAGGCGGCCCUGAUAUCCUGGUGCGGUUCGCCAAGAGCGAUCAUAUCCGGGUGAUUGCAAGGAGGAUCUUGGAAAAUGCCGGGGUAAGUUGGACUAGACUGGAUGAGACCGAUUGGGGUCAUGCUGAUUGGUGAGGUUUUUCAUUUUUGCUAGAUCCCACCAGAUCAAUUCAAGAUACGGAUCGCGUAUCUUGGGAAGAUGUAAGCAUUGACACUCCGUUCCUUGCAUCGUUUUUUUAAGUGGGUGGAAUAGGGAGACUAAUCUUUUUUCGAUGUAAAGACUUCGAGACACUGAAACCCUUCAUGGGAACCACUGGGUCGAUGGUCACCUUGUCAACGCCCUCGUGUUUCCAAAGACCUGAUUCCAGUUAAAUCGUUCAUUUUUUAUCUACCUAUUUACAUUUCCCGAUUCGCCGAUUCGCCAAUCCCUUUCUCAAUUGUCAAUAUUACAUACCGGAUCGGUCUCGGAGCUCGGAGCGCUGCUUACUUUCCUUGCUUUCCCUCAUUGCUAAAGUACGGCUUUCCUUAAUUAUAUUUUCAUUCGUUUUGUUUCUUGGAGGCGCAAUUCGACGAAAACAACAUUUAAUCUCCACCGUUCUCUUGCUGGUGCCCCC